UACGCAGUGCUGUGUGCUAUGUUUAUUUUUGCACGUCAUCAUUUUCGGAUCAGGCACUGUAGAAGCCACCGCCUUCUACUCCUCCAGCUGCUGACAACUUGCUGCUGCUGUUGAGUUGGCAUCUCGCUCGUGGCUGCCAGACCGUGUGAAGGGAAGGAAGCAAGAGGAGCUGCUUCUCAGUUUUCUGGACAAACAAAUUUUUGAAGAGGUUCAGCUUUUAAUCCAGAAUAAAAGGAGAUGACAUUCAGGAAAGUAAACAUUUUCAUCCUGGUCCUUGCUAUUGUUAUAUUUUUGUUAGUGCUGCAUCACAACAUACUAGGUCUCAGUGACCUCUUGAAAAGGGAAUUAUCAGAUUCAAAUCCAUUGGGUCUCCAACCAGUGGAUUUCAUACCUGAAGUUCCUAUAAGGCUGACAGAAAAACAAAACGACAUUGAAAUUCCUGUGGUCAUUACAGCAUCUGAUGACAGACUUGGGGGUGUAAUUGCAGCUGUAAAUAGUAUUCACCAAAACACCAAGUCCAAUGUGGUAUUCCAUAUUGUCACUCUGAAUGACACAGUGGACCAUUUGAGAUCAUGGCUUAGUAAAACUGGUCUGAAAAAUGUGAAAUACCAGAUUUUAAAUAUGGAUCCACAUAUGCUGAAAGGAAAAGUGCAGGUCUACCCGGAAGUUCCAGACUCCAUUAAACCUCUAACCUUUGCAAGAUUUUAUCUGCCUACCUGGGUCCCUAAUGCAGAUAAGGCCAUUUAUUUGGAUGAUGAUGUGAUUGUGCAAGAUGAUAUCCUUGAACUUUACAACACACCACUGCAGAAUGGCCAUGCAGCAGCAUUCUCAGAUGACUGUGAUUCUACUUCAAAUAAGUUUGCAGUUCGUGGAGCAGGAAACCAGUAUAAUUACAUUGGAUAUCUUGAUUAUAAAAAAGAAACCAUUCGAAAGCUGUCCAUGAAAGCAAGCACCUGCUCUUUCAAUCCAGGUGUCUUUGUUGCAAAUCUAACAGAAUGGAAACUACAGAACAUCACUAAGCAGCUGGAGAAAUGGAUGGUGAUUAAUGUUGUGGAGGAGAUAUACAGUAGGACUCUUGCAGGCAGUAUCACGGCACCCCCUCUACUCAUUGUUUUUUACAAGCGGCAUUCAAACAUUGAUCCUAUGUGGAAUGUACGCCAUCUUGGUUCUAGUGCUGGCAAAAGAUAUUCACCACAAUUUGUGAAAGCUGCCAAACUUCUCCAUUGGAAUGGACAUUUUAAACCCUGGGGAAGGACAGCUUCAUAUGCAGAUGUUUGGGAAAAAUGGUACAUUCCUGACCCUACUGGCAAAUUCAGUCUCAUCCGGAGACACACUGAUAUCUAUGAGGCAAAUUAAGGUGGAUUUAACACAUGUACCGAUAUUAUUCUCAGGAAACUUACCAGACCACAGAGUGAAGUCAGUAAUGUGACAUCCGCCCAGUUUGUAUUGAAAUAGCAUGCUUAAGGAAGAGACCACUUUGGGUAGGUAAUGGAUAUUGUUCCAGCGUGAGAAGCAGAGGAAUACUUCUUUGAACUGCAUUUGGGACUAGAUGGACUCUUCAUCAAUGACCUCCCAGGGAUGAAAUGUAUGUUAUGAAACAAACUGCACCCAGGAAUGAACCAUGACUACUACUGGGUGACUGCCGCAUGUCUUGCACAGCAACUUAAAUGUUUUGCGCAACUACUACCACUUUUCCCCAUUACUUUAACCUGUGAAUAUAAACUUUAUACUACACCUUU